UAGAUACGAAGAAACGCCUUGUUUUUUUGAAGAGGGCUUUACGAGGAAGUAGGUUCCGGAAAAUGUAAGGCAGUAGGAGGUGAGAUACGGAAAAUCCAGCCCACUUUGGGGUCACUCCGAGGAACGAAGCAGGAGGCCGGCAGGUCAAACUCGACUCCAGGAAGGCCACAGGAAGUUUUCUGGGACAGCUCCUCCUUGCAUCAAGACUUCUUGACUUCUGCACUGCUAGAUGUCCUGGAGACAUUUAGAAGUUGAGCUCUGCUCGGAAGCCUAACCAAUAUGUGCAUUGCCUGCAUCUAUAUCACCCUGCCACUCAUCGCCGUUAGCCCACUGAUGGUUGCUGCUUGAAGGGGUGUUAGUGGGACCAGUAGGGGGCGCUCACCCUGUGGUUUAUGUGGGCCCUAAUGUGGGUAUGCCGAAAAGGCACUGUCCUUUGGAUCAGAUAUUAACCUGAGGUCUUGACUUUCCGUGGUCAUUUAAAAAUCCCAAGGCAUUUUUUUUUAAACAGUGUUAUCCCGAUGUCAUGGCCUCCUAAUAAUCCCCAUCUAUGGAUUGGCUUUAUCCCUCUGUUCUCCUCCCCGUAGAUAGCUGGGGUGUAGGGAGUGGACUGGAGCCCUCUGGCUGGUGGGGUGCAGGUGGGGCUACAGAUUGCUGGUGGAGGAGGGGAUCCCCAUUACCUGUAAAGCUCCAUAUGAGUAUAAUAUAAUAUUAUUAUAAACCAAAUGGUGUCGUCACAAAGUGAAACAAUGUUUAAUACAAGAAUAAGCAGUAAUGCCAGUCUUGCCAAUGGUCUCAUUUUCCCCCAAAUCAGACAGCUUAUGGGCUCACACUCCUGCUGGUUUUAGAGGGCUCAUGAACCUUUGCAUGACUGGAGAGCUGCAAAGCCAGGGUUUUAUGGUGAUAUUGCACUGAUUGAGGAGUUUUGCAGCAGCGCUACCAGAAAAUAAAUACAUGAUUUCCUUAAACCAAUUACUUAAUCAUGUUAUAUUGUCUUUAACCCUAAAAGAAAGAAUACUGUAAGUUCACCUUGUUUUAUUGCUCAGUAUACCAGUAUAUUAGAACUAUACCCAAUGGGUGGCAUAUUUUCACGUUAUUCAGAUAGAGCUGUUUUAAAAUUGGUAUAACUGUUGUUUCUAGUUUCUAGGCAACUGAAAUGCUAGUUAUUCAUUUUUUAAAGAUGAUUAAAUACAUUAUAUAAAAAUAUGUUCAGUUCCUGAGCAUUUGCUUAAUUGCUGGGCAGCACAUGUCACAUGGGUCAUAUUGAUUUUUUUUCCUGUUACCUGUAGUGUAGUGUUAUUGCAGUAAAAGGCACAGUGGCUGUGACAGCUGGAUGACUUUCACCCAGUCACUGGUACUGCCAGGAAAUUAUUCUCAGACACAUUUCCCCUCAACCAUCUCCCCCGUUAUCUCUGUCCAUGUGAGCGCAGAGCAAUAAAUAAGAGAGGGCACAAAGUCCAGGUUUUAUAUAUCAGCUCAGGACGGAAGAAGACAGCCCCACUCUCUGCCUGCCUCCUCAGAGAGCACCUGCACCCUGGCGACUCUCCUCUCCAGACUAAGGACUUCCGGAGACCAGAGCAAAACGGGCCGCAAGCUCACCCAGCUGAAAAUGAAGAGCAUUCUGAAAGUUCAGAUGGAAGCGCCAGGCUCCCCUGUCCUGGACCGGGAGCUCCCGUCCCAGAGCCACACCAUCUGCGCGGUUCGCUGGAAGCUGCCGGAGGAGGAGGUGCAGGUCCACAGCUCCGUGCCCACAAGCGCACCUUUCAAGAGCAAGAAGCUCCCCAACGGCCGACAGCAGAGCCUGAGUGACCUGCGCAGCCUGGAGGAGUGUGUGAACUUCAUCACGCAGUGGGCCGAGCAGGUGGACCACGUGUGCAAGCGCGGCAGUCGAGCCAGAGAGGACCCGGGCGAGGGAACCAGCCGGGGUCCACCUGGCCCGGCCCAGGACGGGGGUCCCCUGGCCAGUCCCCGGACAGGCCGCAGCCUGGAGGAGUGCCGCCGCCUCAUACUGGAGUGGGCGGACGAGCUGAACAGCGUUGCCCAGCUUUCCAAGCCAAGGAGAUUGAGCAACAAGACGGAAGAGCAGGCUGACAGAAGUGAGGGGGAGACGGACGACCCCAGUGAGAAGGAGAAGCAGAGGAUCAUGGAGUGGGCCAGGGAGCUGAAGACCAUGUCAGAGAACUGCGGGCUGCCUGGGGAGGAACUGACUCAGAUGCUUCACCUCCUGGGCCUGAGGAAGAGGAGGCUGGUGAGCGUGCUGCCCUUCCUGGAGUUCAUCACCUGGUCUCUGCUCAAGGAUGAUGCCAAGGGUACUGUUCCUCAGCUCUGGCUGUCCACAAAACAGAGGACCUGGAAAGCAGGAACACCGAGAUACAUUCCCAAUUCAGUGUGGAGCUGGAUCUGCCGUGCGGCAGCGGACGUGACCCUGGACCCCCAGACCGUGCACCCCUGGCUGGUCCUCUCUGACGACCUCAGGAAGGUGCAGGAGGGGCGGAAGGAGUUGAACCUGCCCUCCAGCCCCCAGCGGUUCGAUGGCUGGCCCUGCGUCCUGGGCUGGGAGGGCUUCUCCUCGGGCCGACACUACUGGGAGGUGGACCUGGCCAACAAUGGCUACUGGAGAAUCGGGGUGACCACCGCCUCUUCCGAGAGAAAGGGCCGCUUCCCCAUGAACCCGGCGCAGGGCUACUGGACCCUGUGGCGCAGCACCAGGCAGUUCUGGGCCUGCACGAAGCCCGAGACCCCACUUCCUGUCAGCCUGGUGCCCCGCAAGGUGGGCGUCUACCUGGACUACGAGGAAGGGCAGGUGUCCUUCUACAACGUGGAGAGCAGGUCGCACAUCUACACCUUCACCGACACCUUCAAAGAGAAGCUCUACCCUCUCUUUGCGCCCUUGGACGGCCGCACCCUGAUCACCGUGUCGUCGCCCAACACCAUCACCGAGUUCUGAUUGGCCGACGAGCCGCCGUGCCCCCGCCUCACUCCCAGUACACUUCCUGAAUGGAAAAACGGCCAUUGGUGCCUUUUCCAGCAGCUGUAGGGUCACCACUAUGGGGUCACCGUCUACUUCAUAAGCUAGAUUAGAGGGAAAAUGACCAAUGUCGUUGCACAUUCUUUCUGGGACAGUAUACUGGCCAUGCAAAAACUGUAAAGGUAUCAAGUUUUUAUUGCACACAAGCUCCGGACAGAAUGCAGUCUUACCUGGGACACUUGGGUUCCAGUGCAAAAGUAUAUAAUUGCAAUACUGAAAAGUAAAAGCUCAGCAGUGCCGUUGCCACAUGGGCUAGCGGUCCCUGGAUUGUGCAGCAGGGGGCUGUAGUACAGGGGAUGCUCUCUGUCCGACCCUGGCUGCACACCGCCUCCAGUGAAACUGGCUCAGAACUGUAACUCCCCUGUGCGCUCCCCCCUGCUGUUAAGAGCUAUGAGACCCCUCAGACGCACUGUAUAGAUCGCUAGUAUUCUUAUUUUAAUAUUAAAAUUGUCUAAUGAUGGGAUUCUUUCUGAACAAUGCACAAAAACUUUUGUGCAUUGUUCAGAUGAAAUUCUGAACAAUGCAUUUGAUGGGGUGAGUUAAAAGUGCAUUCAUGGACAAAAGCAUGUACCGAUGUCAGGAAAUUCUGGCAAGUUAAGAUAUGAUCGAGCUGAAAUAAACAAUUAAGCUGCUCCAUUUCCAGCAAUCUGUAACUUCCAAUUGUUAAGUACAUGACAAAGACCGGGAACUUCGCCAAAUGUACUGUACUCCACUUUUCAAUUUAAAACCUUUGUUACUAUAUGUACUAUACAGAUUGUUCUUGUUAAUACUUGUAGCGUUUGCUUGUUGGAUUAAUUUAAUGCCUCUAUUUAUGUGGGUCCGUGUAUUUACUAUGUAAAUCUGAAAAAGCAGAUACGAUUAGUUUCUGCUUUCCUGUAGCAGGUGUAUUAACUUGUACGUUCAUGGGUAAAAAUGAUUAGUGUAUUUAUAUAUUGUCUCCAGGGCAUUUAGUAUAAAUGU